CACAUACAUGGCUGCUUCCGCCAUCUCUCUCUUUCCAAUUUUAUCUCCUCUCAAAUCUCCAAACCAAUGCCUUCCAAAACGCUCGUGUCUCCGCCCCAUCAUCAGAUUCUCUCUUGGAAGCGACUCUUCUUCCAGCAAGAAGAAGGGAAGCAGCUCCGCCAAUGGCUCGUGGGUCAGCCCCGACUGGCUCUCCUCCAUAACCCGAUCCCUGACCCGCGAUGAUUCCGGCAUCCCCAUCGCCAACUCCAAGCUAGACGAUGUCUCAAAUCUCCUCGGCGGGGCGCUCUUCCUCCCCCUUUUCAAAUGGAUGAACGAAUACGGCCCCAUCUACCGCCUCGCUGCUGGGCCCCGCAACUUCGUUGUUGUUAGCGACCCGGCCAUUGCCAAGCAUGUCCUUAAGAACUAUGGGAUGUACCACAAGGGCCUCGUGUCUGAGGUCUCCGAGUUCCUCUUUGGCUCUGGCUUCGCCAUUGCUGAAGGUUCUCUCUGGACGGUGAGACGUAGGGCUGUUGUUCCAUCUCUUCACAAAAAAUAUUUGUCUGUGAUAGUUGAUAAGGUGUUCUGCAAAUGUGCUGAGAGAUUAGUGGAGAAGUUGAAGCCAGAUGCCUUGAGUGGUGCAGCGGUGAACAUGGAGGAAAGAUUUUCUCAAUUAACUUUAGAUGUGAUAGGUUUGUCAUUGUUCAACUACAAUUUUGAUUCACUUACUUCAGAUAGCCCCGUUAUUGAUGCAGUUUACACUGCACUAAAAGAGGCAGAGGCCCGUUCCACUGACAUUCUGCCAUAUUGGAAGAUUGAAAUUUUGCGCAAGGUAAUUCCAAGACAAAUAAAAGCUGAAAAAGCAGUUAGCAUAAUCAGGAGAACUGUUGAAGAACUGAUAGCUAGGUCUAAAGAGAUUGUAGAAUCUCAGGGUGAACGAAUUGAAGGGGAAGAUUAUGUGAAUGAAACAGAUCCAAGUAUCCUUCGUUUUUUACUUGCUAGCCGUGAAGAGGUUUCCAGUGUGCAAUUGCGAGAUGACCUUCUAUCGAUGUUAGUUGCUGGCCAUGAGACAACUGGUUCAGUCUUGACCUGGACAUUAUAUCUUCUGAGUCAGAAUCCAUCCUCUUUGACAAGAGCACAACUAGAGGUUGACAAAGUUCUACAAGGAAGAGUUCCUAGUUUCGAAGAUGUCAAAAAGCUUAAGUAUUUAACACGUUGCAUAAAUGAGUCAAUGCGCCUCUACCCACAUCCUCCUGUUUUGAUAAGGCGCGCUCAAGUUGCUGAUGUCCUUCCAGGAAAUUACAAGGUUAAUGCUGGCCAAGAUAUAAUGAUAUCAGUAUAUAAUAUCCACCACUCCUCUCAGGUCUGGGAGAGAGCAGAAGAAUUUGUGCCUGAAAGAUUUGACAUGGAAGAACCCAUGCCAAAUGAGACAAACACUGAUUUCAGAUUCAUUCCAUUCAGUGGAGGGCCACGCAAGUGUGUUGGUGAUCAGUUUGCUUUGUUGGAAGCGAUUGUAGCACUUGUGAUUUUUCUGCAGCACAUGAACUUCGAGCUUGUUCCUGGUCAAAACAUCAGCAUGACUACUGGUGCUACUAUUCAUACAACAAAUGGCUUAUACAUGAGAGUGAGUCAACGGCAACCACAACUUGAAUUUGCCCCAUCUCCUUGGGGUUUUCAGGUUUUCUUCAAAAUUUAGAUUCUAGAUGUUGUUAGUACAUGGAAUCGUACUCUAAGAUGAGGGCUAUUAUCCUAGGUUAGCUUUUAUCAGCUCUUGAUGUUUCAGUUGGUGAAUUUUGGGUGUUGAUUGAAAUUAUAUGUAUUUAAAUGUUAGAAUUAUUAUAUGUUUGUAAUUCUUAUGCUGUAUUGAAUUGAUAACAUGUUUCUUGGGUAUGAAUUUAGUAUUCAUUCGGGCUU